AUGUACACACUCCCCCCGCUGCCUUACGGCUACGAUGCUCUAGAGCCGGUGAUCUCGAAAGAGAUCAUGACUCUGCAUCACCAGAAGCACCACCAAACCUACAUCAAUAACCUCAACUCGGCUCUUUCAGAGCAGAAAAUUGCCUCCACUGCCAACGACAUUCCCAAGUUACUCUCACUUCAACAGAAGAUCAAGUUCAAUGGUGGAGGCCACAUAAACCACUCCUUAUUCUGGCGCAAUCUUACCCCACCAGGAACAGAGGAGGCUGACAUCGAAGCCGUCGCGCCUGGCAUUAAAGCCGCAAUUGAUGCUCAAUGGGGCAGUGUCGAGAAAUUCAUCACUGAGUUCAAACAGGUGCUUCUAGGUAUUCAGGGAAGUGGAUGGGGCUGGCUAGUUGUCAAACACGGACAAGAACAGGCCAGAAGCCUGGAAAUCGUGACAACCAAAGACCAAGACCCCGUGGUGACUCCGGAUGAUAGUGUUGUGCCGCUUGUUGGAGUUGACAUGUGGGAGCAUGCAUACUACUUGCAGUAUCUCAACAACAAAGCCGGAUAUGUGACCGAGAUUUGGAAGAUUAUCAACUGGAAGGUCGUGCAACAAAGGUUCUCGCAAGGCAUUCAAGCCGAAGUAUCCUUCAAGCUAUAG